AUGCCAUGCUUCCUCAUCUGCCCACCUCCUCCCACAUUAUUGGCUUCUUCACAUUUGGAUCGGUUUUUUUAAUUAUUUCGAAGAAAAAUUAAAUCAGAUCCAAUGGGUUCGCGUUUCCCGGUCCUACAAACAAUCCUCCUCUUCUCCACCUUAGCCGCGGCGGCGGCGGCUAGGUCGGAGUUAUCGAACGAUCUGGUCCGCAAAUCUUGCCUGAACGCCAGCUACCCGGAGAUCUGCUACCGGACGCUGUCCUCGUACGGCGGCUCCGCCAUGAAGACGCCGCGCGACCUGGCGCAGGCAGCCCUCCAGGUGAGCCUCGGCCGGGCGGCGAAGACGGCGGAGUUCGUGAGGAGCGUGAGGGGGGAGAGCGGGCGGGAGAGGGCGGCGCUGAGGGACUGCGUGCAGGAGAUGGGGGACGCGGUGGAGGAGCUGCGGCGGAGCGUGGCGGAGCUGAAGCACCUCCGGAAGGGGGCGGAGUUCGAGUGGCAGAUGAGCAACGUGGAGACCUGGGUCAGCGCGGCGUUGACCAACGAGGACACGUGCCUCGACGGGUUUAAGGAAGUGUCGGCGGCGGUUAGGUCCGACGUCAGACGGAAGAUCCGAAACAUGGCAAAGGUUACCAGUAAUGCCCUUUACCUUGUCAACCAACUCGGCUCCUCCCCCAACAAACAAUAAGAUUUAUUAUUUUCGUUCAUAAAAUAAAUGGUUAUUACUCCUAAUCCGGCCGCCGCCUCCCAUGCUCUUUACCCGAUCCAUCUGCUUUUCCUGGAUCGUCAAUUGACAACGAGUUUUUCUGUUGCCAAUUGACAAUCCAAAGGUGGCGCGAGAUUGUGGCGGGAGACAAUAGAUUAGGAAUAGGAACAAUCAAUUUUAUGAAUGUGAUAUUGUUGGAUGCCAUAUUAUGACAUUAGUCAUUAGGUUCUAAUGUCAAAAGAGUUUAGCCUAAAGACAAUGACUAUUUGCGUGAUUACGUUGUCUAUAUAUGUCUCCCAAAUGCAAUUUUAUCAAUGAUGUUCAAUACUUCAAUAUAAUGUCAUUGUUUAGUAUAUACUCCCUCCGUCCCCUGUAUUUGUCCACAUUUGACUUUUGGAACUGUUCAUCUAAGCACUUUGACUCAUCAAAUUCUCUCAAUGUGUAAGCCUAAAUAUAGUCAUGUGUGAUCUUGUUUGAUUUGUCUUAACAUAUAGAUUAUUAAUAUAUAAUUUUUAUAAUUUUUUAAUAUACAAAUCACAAGAUAAAAUGGAUUAAAGAAGUGCAUUGGAU